AUGGGUUCCGACGGCGAAGUGUCACCGACUCGUGACAUCAAGAACCACCUGCUCUUUGAGAUUGCUACAGAGGUAGCCCAUCGAGUUGGUGGCAUCUACUCCGUCAUCAAGUCCAAAGCUCCGGUCACAACAGCCGAAUAUGGAGAUCGCUACACUCUCAUCGGUCCCCUCAACCACCAAUCGGCUGCCGUCGAGGUGGAAGAGAUGGAACCCACAAACCCAGAGAUCGCCGCCACCAUGCAGUCCAUGAGGGACCGAGGAAUCGGCAUCAUCUACGGUCGAUGGCUCAUUGAGGGUGCUCCCAGAGUCAUUCUCAUCGAUACCAAGACUGCCUACGGUCAUUUGGACGAGUGGAAGGCCGAUUUGUGGAACGUUGCCAGCAUUCCCUCGCCGCCUAGCGAUGACGAGACCAAUGAGACCAUCGUCUUCGGCUACCUAGUCGCGUGGUUCCUGGGAGAGUUUGUCGUCCAUGAGAAGAAAAAGGCCGUCAUUGCCCAUUUCCACGAGUGGUUGGCUGGUGUCGCCCUGCCCCUCGCCAAGAAGCGACGCAUUGACAUUACUACCAUCUUCACGACCCACGCUACUCUUCUCGGCCGAUACCUAUGCGCCGGCUCCGUGGAUUUCUACAACAACCUGCAGUGGUUUGAUGUCGACGCCGAGGCUGGCAAGCGUGGUAUUUACCACAGGUAUUGCAUCGAACGAGCCGCCGCCCACGCCUGUGAUGUCUUCACCACCGUCUCCCACAUUACCGCCUUUGAGUCUGAGCAUCUGCUAAAACGAAAGCCUGAUGGUGUCUUGCCCAAUGGCCUCAAUGUUACCAAGUUCUCCGCUGUCCACGAAUUCCAGAACCUCCAUCAGCAAGCCAAGGAAAAGAUCCAUGACUUUGUGCGAGGACACUUUUACGGUCACUACGAUUUCGACAUUGAUAACACCCUGUACCUCUUCACUGCCGGCCGUUAUGAGUUCCGAAACAAGGGUGUCGACAUGUUUAUCGAGUCUUUGGCCCGUCUCAACCACCGUCUCAAGGCCGCAGGAAGCAAGAUCACGAUUGUGGCCUUCAUCAUCAUGCCUGCGCAGACUACUUCGCUUACUGUGGAGGCUCUCAAGGGUCAGGCUGUGAUCAAGUCCCUGCGAGACACCACCCAUGUCAUUGAGCAGAGCAUUGGACGCCGCAUCUUUGAGCGAUCUCUGAAGUGGCACGAUGGUGACCCUAUGCCCGAUGAGAAGGAGCUCAUUUCCGCUCAGGAUCGAGUCCUACUCCGCCGUCGCCUCUUCGCCAUGAAGCGAGGUGGACUUCCGCCCAUCGUCACCCACAACAUGGUCAACGAUCACGAGGACCCGGUUUUGAACCAGAUCCGACGAGUGCAGCUGUUCAACGACUCGACGGACCGAGUCAAGGUCAUCUUCCACCCCGAGUUCCUCAACUCUGCCAACCCUGUUCUUCCCCUCGACUACGAUGACUUCGUCCGAGGUUGCCAUCUGGGCGUUUUCGCUUCCUACUAUGAGCCUUGGGGAUACACUCCCGCUGAGUGCACCGUCAUGGGCGUGCCGAGCAUCACCACUAACCUCUCCGGAUUCGGAUGCUACAUGGAAGAGCUUAUUGAGAACUCCAGCGACUACGGAAUCUACAUUGUGGACCGCCGCACCAAGGGUGUCGAUGACUCUGUCAACCAGUUGACGUCUUUCAUGUUCGACUUCUGCCAGAAGAGCCGCCGGCAGCGAAUUAACCAGCGAAACCGCACGGAACGCCUGAGCGAUCUCCUGGACUGGAAGCGAAUGGGCAUGGAGUACGUCAAGGCUCGACAAUUGGCCCUUCGCCGUGCCUACCCCGACUCCUUCACCGGUGACGAGGAGGAAGACUUCAUUCCCGGCGUCGAGCAGAAGAUUUCACGCCCAUUCUCUGUGCCUGGUUCUCCCCGAGACAGAACCGGUAUGAUGACCCCUGGCGAUUUUGCUAGCCUGCAGGAAGGCCGCGAGGGCCUCAGCACCGAGGACUAUGUCGCAUGGAAGCUCCCUGAGGAGGAAGAUCCUGACGAGUACCCGUUCCCCCUGACACUGCGAUCCAAGCAACCCAUUCCUCACAGUCCCUCCGACAAUAUCCCACUGAACGGAACCGCAGGAGCCCCCCAGUGA